ACAAGAUGUCUCUUUUGCUCUAGGCGAGGGAGGAGAGAGUUUCCUAGUUUGAAGGUUAGAGAGAGACAAGAGAGAUCAUUGAUCAGCCAAGGCGGUGAUUUAACCAAUAGAAAUUUAUUUUUACAAGAGAACCAGUAAUGUUUAAUGUAAACGUCAAUGGAAAUAAAUUUUUGGUUUUAUGUUGUGAAGGUUAUCACGUAAUUUCAUGCUGGGAUAUAUUUAUAUAUAAUUGACAAUAAUUGACACAUGAUGAGUAAUUGAAAAGUUUUUUAGUUUUUUAUUAUUAGUGUGAUUUUGUUAUUUUUGUAAUUAUGUUUGGGAGAAAAAAAGAACAAAAAAAGGAACGAAAACCGCGGACUAAUAAUCCGUUGGGAAUUGAUUUUAUGGGAGGUUUUGAUCCUACGGGAGGUUUUAAUCUCAUGGGAGUCCCAGAUGAUGAUGAAGAUGAUGAAGAUUUGGAGAGUGAAUUAAAUCGGCUGGCGAUGGGUGAUGAUCCACGACCUAGACGUCCAGCGCCCAAACCACCAGCAGAACUAAUAGAUCUAAACUUCGAAGUCAAAGAAAUUGGCUCUGACGAAGAAUUAUCUGGAGAUGACAAUGAUCCAGAAUUAUUGAACGAGCUCAACGCUCUGAAAAAUGAAGACGAUUCUCCAAACCUCGAAGAAGUUUCUUCAACCCCAUCCAGCUCAGCAGUGUCCCCGGGUUCCGAGGAACUAGUAAAACUCCUAGAAGAAAGACUAGACCUCUACAAGCAAGCGGAAUCAAAAGCAAAAAGUACAAACGACACCUCAAAAGCUCGCCGUUACAAUCGCGGUGUGAAAACGCUUCAAGGAAUGUUACGCGACGCCAAAGCGGGGAAGAACGUCGAGUCAGCAGAUAUACCGCCUUUGCUUCCGCGAUCAGCGACUCAAGUGACUCCAGACACUCCUGCUGAUCAAGAACCUGAUACUCAAGAAAUUCCAUUGGAAAAUUCCACUCAACCCGAAGUUCCACCAGAAAUUCCUCCAGAAGUUUCUCCAGAAGCUCCUCCAGCCGAACCAAUUCCAGUAGAUGAAGAAAAAUUAGCGUUAUUAAAAAAACGCCAGCAUGAAUACAAAAUAGCCGCAGUUGCUUGGAAAAAAUCCGGACAGGUUGAAGAAGCAGUUAAAUAUUUAAAAAUAGCAGUGAGAUUUGAUGUUGUAAUAUCAGCGUUGACUUCUGGAGAACCUGUUGACUUAUCAGACAUGCCACCAACUCCAGAUUUACCUAAUAAUAAUAAUAAUAAUAAUUCACCGGCUGUAACUGCAACAGAAAUAAAUCCUCCUCAAGAGCCUGCUAAAGAAGAAAGCGAAGUUCAAGACUCGGUUGAAGAACCACCAGCUGAAGCUCCAGCUCCUGUUACUGGAGGAGAUAUUAUAGGUGCUUUAAAAGAAAGAUUAGAAGUUUAUCGUCGAACUAAGACAGCUGCUGAAGAAGAAGGAAACUCUUCUAAAGUCCGAAGAUACGGACGUAUUUGUAAACAAUAUGAAGAUGCGAUAAAACUUCACUCUAAAGGAAAAUCUAUUCCUGUUGAUGAACUGCCAGUUCCUCCGGGAUUCCCUCCGAUUGUAUUGAAUGUAGCAGCUCCUAAGCCUGCUCCAGCUCCAGCUCCGAAACCUGCUCCAGUUCCUGGUCCGAAGACUUCGCCAGAAAAAGCGGCAAUAGGGAUAGAAGAGAAGCCUACGGCGCCAGCUAGGGGAAAGCCGAUGACUUCCCGAGCCCAGAAGCAAACUAUAAUUUUACAGAAACGACAAAUAGAAUUGAAACGCGCAGCACUGGCUGCUAAAAAGGAAGGAGACUUGGAUUUGGCUAAGGAUUACCUGAGACAGGCGAAGCAAAUUGAACCUUUGAUCCAAGCUAGCAUGGGUGGACUGCCAGUAGACUUGGCCUCGGUUCCGCUGUCUCCAGUUUCUAAAGAAGAACUUCAUAAUUCUAUUGCGGCUUCUUCUAAUGACAGCUUCGCUCUGGUGUCCUCUGAUGAUUGCCAGUCGAGUGAAGCUACGGGGACUGAUCAGGAAAUUUAUGAUAACUUGGAGAAGCAGUUGGUUAAACAUAGGAAGGUUUGUUUGGCUACGCGGGAUCAUGCUAAGGCUCUUGGAGAUGUUCCUGGGUACAAUAGGUGGGAAAAUAUGGCUCUUGGGUUCAGUAGGGAUUUGGAUAUGCUUCGUGUUAGACGCAGAGAUGGGCUGCCGCCUCCUCAGCAUCAUUAUGAAGUUAAAACUUACGCGAUUGUUCAGAGCUGUACAGAUUUAACAGACAGCGACGUAGAAUUGUCUAUUAUCCGCGGAGUCAACUACCCAAAAGAAGUUGAUAGCUACGUUAUCUACGAGUUCCCUUACCCGACCGAAAACUCGCCGACUGACAGAACAUCGACGGUCCGUAAUACGAGCGCUCCAGAGUAUGACGCAACUUUUACAUUAACCGGUAGCAUUGACAGAUCUUCCAGGCAGUGUCAGCGAACUUACAAACGACACUCUUUGAAGUGUCAAGUAUGGUCCAAAGGAUGCUCAACGAAUCCUUUGAUGUGUUGCCUACACCCCAGAGGAUUUCUUCGAAGCGACAAUUUACUGGGUACUGUUACUGUUAAACUCCAACCACUGGAAACUCAAUGUAUAUUGCAUGACACAUUCCCGUUAAUGAACGGAAGAAAAGCUGCUGGAGGACAGCUCGAAAUAAAAAUCCGAGUGAGGAACCCCAUCACAACUAAGCAGAUUGAAAAAAUGACCGACCGAUGGCUUGUUAUUGAUAAUUAAUUUAUAAAAAAUUCUUUUUUGCUUUUAUGAAAAUAUUUUAACAGUUGUACUACGAAGCGCAUGCCUUAUUGCACAUUGAUGUGAUAAAUCAACAAAUUAUUUUUUAUCAAAUGUAUUUAUGAAUAAAGCUUGUAAAUAUAUAUAAUACAUAUAAUUAAUU